AUGAAUACAACAUUCUUACUAGUUCAAAAAGAAGAAGUGCAUCUUUGUUAUGAAAAUGAAAACACCUCUUGUGUCAAGUUAUUUAGGCCAUCAGGUGUUAAAUCAGCAUUAUAUUUUAUUUUUUUCUUAGGAACCUUGCUUACUAUAGUAGGAAAUCUAGCAGUAGUGGUUUCAGUUGCCCAUUUCAGGGUACUGCAUUCUCCACCCAAUGUACUAAUUCUGUCACUUGCUGUAGCUGAUUUUCUCCUAGGAUUAUUAGUGCUUCCAUUUAGCAGUGUAAGAUCAGUUGAAACAUGCUGGUACUUUGGUGAUUAUGUCUGUAAGCUACACACUUGUGUAGAUUCUGUCCUUUGCCUGGUUGCAAUUUUUCAUUUGUGCUUCAUUUCAAUUGACCGUUACUAUGCAAUUUGUGACCCUUUGCUUUACACUACAAAGGUUACAAUUCCAUCGGUAUGCAUUUACAUAUUUUCUGGCUGGAUCCUUUCCAUAGUCUAUACAUCUUUCUGGAUAUAUUCACAUGUUCUUGAAGAAAACAUGCAGUGGCUUAUGUCAGCAGAGUAUUGUAUGGGUAGUUGUGAUCUUAUAUACAAUAAAAUAUGGGCUUGGAUAAAUUUCCCACUAUUCUUUAUCCCCUGUUUCCUUACCAUAGGUUUGUACUUAAAGGUUUAUUUUGUUGCACAGAGACAGUCUAGAAUGAUAGAGGCUACAAGGGAUUUAGCUGGAUUUAGCCCACAGACCAGGGCAUCAAAAAGAGAAAGAAAGGCUGCAAAAACCUUAGGAAUAGCAGUUGGACUUUACCUGCUGUGUUCAUUGCCUUUCAUGACAGAUUCACUGAUCGAUCCUUUUAUUGGUUAUGUUACUCCACCGCUUCUGUUUGAUAUCCUUUUUUGGUUGCCAUAUUACAAUUCUGCUUGUAAUCCUUUCAUUUAUGGAUUCUUUUAUCCUUGGUUUAGGAAGGCUUUGAAACAUAUAUUUACCUGCAAAAUUUUUUAUUCAGGCUCAUCAUCCAUAAACCUAUAUCAGCAAUAA